CAAGUCAUGACCCAGCCUCACAGCAGGAGCAGCGAGCACCGGGUGGCUCGCCUGUUGAGCGCCGUGGAGAGUGAGCUGGUGGUCGGCAGCGAGAAAGGCGACCCCACGGAAAAGCAGCUGAAAGUGGCUCUGGAGGAGUCGGAGCUGUGGCAAAAAUUCAAGCGGGUCACCAACGAAAUGAUCGUCACCAAGAACGGGAGGCGAAUGUUUCCAGUCCUUAAUAGCGUCUCUGGUUUGGAUCCAAACGCCAUGUACUCAUUCCUGUUGGACUUCGUGGUCGCUGAUAGCCAUCGCUGGAAGUAUGUGAACGGCGAGUGGGUACCUGCGGGCAAACCAGAGCCCCUGACCCAGAGCUGCGUUUACAUCCACCCGGACUCCCCCAACUUCGGGGCGUAUUGGAUGAAAGCCCCCAUCUCUUUCAGCAAAGUCAAGUUGACCAAUAAAGUCAACUGCGGUGGACAGGUAAUUCUAAAUUCUCUGCACAAGUACGAGCCUCAGAUUUAUAUAGUGCGACUGGGAGGUCCUCACAGGAUGAUUUCCAAUCACUUUUUCCCUGAAACUCAGUUCAUCGCAGUGACUGCAUAUCAGAAUGAGGAGGUCAGUAUCACACAAGAACAUCAUUGUUGA